AAAGAAAAUUAAAAAGAAAAAAAGAAUUUAUGUAAUAAAUCCGACCAGAUAAACCAAUAUUAUUGUCUUUCUUCCGCUCCUUGUCUCUCUAUCUCUCUCUCAAUUAGAUUCUGUGCUUCUGCGAUCAGCUAAGAUCCGAUCCGCCACCGUCUCAGAACUCCGAUCAGAUCCGAUUCUAGAUAAGCAAAUCGGGUCGGGUAUGACUCGUCGGUGCUCUCACUGCAAUCACAAUGGCCACAACUCUAGGACUUGUCCCAAUCGCGGGGUGAAGCUGUUUGGUGUUAGGCUCACCGAAGGUUCGAUCCGGAAAAGUGCAAGUAUGGGUAAUCUUAGCCAUUACACGGGUUCUGGAUCGGGUGGGCAUGGUGGAACCGGGUCUAUUACUCCUGGUUCUCCGGGUGAUGUCCCUGACCAUGUCCCUGGUGAUGGUUAUGCUUCCGAGGAUUUCGUUGCUGGCUCUUCCUCUAGCCGCGAGAGAAAGAAAGGAACUCCAUGGACAGAGGAGGAACACAGGAUGUUCUUAUUAGGUUUACAGAAGCUGGGAAAAGGCGAUUGGCGAGGUAUCUCAAGGAACUAUGUGACUACAAGGACACCUACACAAGUUGCUAGCCAUGCUCAGAAGUAUUUCAUCAGACAAUCCAAUGUGUCUCGUCGCAAAAGACGUUCUAGUCUCUUUGAUAUGGUUCCUGAUGAGGUUGGAGAUAUUCCGAUGGAUUUGCAAGAACCGGACGGAGAGAACAUUCCUGUGGAAACAGAAAUGCAAAGUGCUGACUCCGUUCAUCAGACACUUGCUGCUCCUAGCUCCCUUCAAGCACCAUCAAUCUUGGAAAUUGAAGAAUGUGAAUCCAUGGACUCCACAAACUCUACCACCGGGGAACCAGCCGCAACUGCUGCUGCUGCUGCUUCUUCUUCUGCUUCCAGACUGGAAGAAACUACACAACCGCAACCGCAACCACAACCGCAACCGCAACCGCAACCGCAACAACAACUACCUGGCUCAUUCCCCAUACUCUAUCCAACCUACUUCUCACCGUAUUACCCGUUUCCAUUCCCAAUAUGGCCUGCUGGUUAUGUUCCUGAACCACCCAAGAAAGAGGAAACUCAUGAGAUUCUCAGACCAACUGCCGUGCACUCCAAAGCCCCUAUCAAUGUUGAUGAGCUUCUCGGUAUGUCUAAGCUUAGCCUUGCAGAGUCCAACAAGAAUGGAGAAUCCGAUCAGUCUCUUUCGCUGAAGCUAGGUGGCGGCUCAUCCUCAAGACAAUCAGCAUUUCACCCAAACCCUAGCUCUGAUAGUUCGGACAUCAAAAGCGUGAUACACGCUCUGUAAAAGGAUCUUUGGAAAGUGACUGUCUAAAAAUGGCAACUUGAUGGAAGAUCUCUGAUCUAUGGGGUUGGGGUUGUGACAGGUUAGUUCUUGGUUUACAGUAACUUAAAUAAGAUUUGCUUUGUUAGGUUGUUUAACUUGGUAGGAUGUUUUUUAGUUCAGCUUUGAUCAUUAGGGGAAAAGAAAAAAAAAAGAAAAAAAAGGGAGAAAAAUAAAUUAUUAUUUUUUUUGCUUACAUUUCUUUAUAUUUUGUAUGCUUUUUAUUUUUGACUCUAGGAUGCGUUAAUUUUCGUUUAA